AUUAUCUUUACUACGCUUAUGGUGAAACCAGAAUUCUUUACUCUUUAUUCUUUAGUUACCUGCUCUCUCUCUCUCUCUCUCUCCCUCUCUCUAUCCCCUCACCUUCAAACAAACAAACAAAUAAAAGAAAGAGAAACCCAACUCAUCCUGGAACAUACAUUAAUGCCACUUCCCUUCACUAACACUUAAUUUUCCCGGAAAUUGUGUUGAUUUUCUCUAAUUUAGGUUUCUGGGUUUUCGUUCAAAAGCUCUAGAAGUCUCUUUGCAACAAUGGGUAAUCGUUUUAUUUGCAUGACAAAGAAAGAAAGCAAAGAUGUUGGAUCGGGAAGUAAGAGAUUGGGAAGGUCGCAGAGGAAGUUGCUAGCAGAGGAAGAAUUGCUGCACAGGCAAGCUCUGUCUAUGGUGCUUCAGCAGCACCAACUGUCACAGAGAUUUGAUGGAUCCAUGUCUAGGCGUAUUGGUUCUACGAGUUCUCGAAGACGCACUUUAGCUGAGGAUCCAAUCUCUAAUGGCAAACAGCAACCCGACUUUCUGGAGAAUGUCAAGUUUAAAAAAUUUGUUCUGAUACAUGGAGAAGGAUUUGGAGCUUGGUGUUGGUACAAGACUAUUGCUCUGUUGGAGGAAGCAGGAUUGCUUCCCACUGCAUUAGAUCUUGCAGGAUCUGGUAUCAAUCGGGCAGAUACUUCCAGUAUCACAACAGUGGCCGAGUAUUCAAGACCAUUGGUUGAGUACUUAAAGGACCUUCCUGAUGAUGAAAAGGUUAUUUUGGUUGGUCAUAGUAGCGGUGGCGCAUGUAUUUCUUAUGCAUUGGAGCAUUAUCCACACAAGAUAUCGAAAGCAAUUUUUCUCUGUGCUACCAUGGUUUCUGAUGGCCAGAGGCCUUUUGAUGUGUUUGCUGAAGAGCUUGGUUCUGCGGAACUUUUUAUGCAAGAAUCGAAGUUUUUGAUUUAUGGAAAUGGCAAAGACAAGCCUCCAACAGGAUUCAUGUUCGAGAAACAGCAAAUAAAGGGCUUAUAUUUUAAUCAAUCACCAUCUAAGGAUGUUGCUUUGGCUAUGGUUUCCAUGAGGCCCACCCCACUUGGUCCUAUCAUGGAGAAGCUGUCUUUGUCCGGUGAAAAAUACGGAACCAGCCGGAGGUUCUUCGUUCAGACCUUGGAUGAUCGCGCUCUUUCACCUGAUGUCCAGGAAAAGCUACUGAGGGAAAACCCACCAGAAGGAGUCUUUAAGAUCAAAGGUAGCGACCACUGCCCGUUCUUCUCAAAACCGCAGUCCCUGCACAAAAUUUUGGUGGAAAUCGCGCAAAUUCCAUAGCUCAAAUUUCUGAAACCACUCAUUCUUUCUCCUGUAAUUUUUGCUUUUAACCAAAGGCCAUAGGUAGUUCAAGUUUCUUACGUGCCUUUAAAUGCAAAGGACAUUUAUCAUUCAGCAGAAAUUAUUGUAUGAAGAGUGAAGACAAUUGGUGGAUUUUCCUCUGCCACGAUUUGUGAGUAUGGGUGACAAAAAUUCGGUUAUGGGUUGGA